CCUUGACUCCGGGGACAGGUCACCAGACUGCAAGGACUAUAAAGCGCGGCCGCCCAAACUCAGCAGGCCGCGCAGAGUAAUCCCUGGGACCGCCGGGUGUCCGACCCCGCCCGGCGCACCCUCUCUGCGCUGCGCGCCGCGGGAGGCGGAGCCCGGUCCCGGUCCCGGAGCGGCGCGCGCACCCGGCCGCCUCGCGUCGCGUCCCGUGACUCGUCGGGGGCGCGCGAGGUUAGCGCCCGCCGGCGCCACUUCCGACGCAGCGCUCGGUUCAGGUUCCGGGGCGCCGCGGAGCUCCCGGCCUGUGGGUCGCGCGCGGCCCGGUGAGGCGGCUGGGAUGGAGGAGGCCGGAGCCGCGGUGAUCGCGGCCGGAGAGGCGGAACUGAAUCUGUCCCGGUUCAGCGUGUCCCCCGAGACCCUGGAGUCGGAGCUGGAGGCGCGGGGCGAGGAGCGGCGCGGCGCGCGGGAGGCUCUGCUGCGGCUGCUGCUGCCGCACAACCGUCUGGUGUCGCUGCCGCGGGCUCUGGGCAACGGUUUCCCGCAUCUCCAGCUGUUGGACGUGAGCGGCAACGCGCUGACCGCGCUGGGGCCGGAGCUGCUGGCGCUGCGCGGCCUGCGUACGCUGCUGGCCAAGAACAACCGGCUUGGCGGGCCCGGCGCGCUGCCCAAGGGCCUGGCCCAGUCGCCGCUCUGCCGCAGCCUCCAGGUGCUCAACCUCAGCGGAAACUGCUUCCAGGAGGUGCCCGCCUCUCUGCUGGAGCUGCGCGCGCUGCAGACCCUCAGCUUGGGCGGCAACCAACUUCAGAGCAUCCCGGCCGAGAUCGAGAACUUGAGGAGUUUAGAGUGUUUGUAUCUUGGAGGAAACUUCAUCAAAGAAAUUCCACCAGAAUUAGGAAAUGUGUCUUCUCUAAAUUAUUUGGUAUUAUGUGAUAAUAAAAUCCAAAGUGUGCCUCCUCAGCUUUCACAGUUACAUUCACUUCGUUCCCUCAGUCUUCACAAUAACUUGCUGACAUACCUGCCUCGAGAGAUCCUCAACCUUAUUCAUUUGGAAGAAUUGAGUUUACGAGGAAAUCCAUUGGUUGUUCGUUUCGUUAGAGAUUUAACCUAUGACCCUCCAACUCUCCUGGAGUUAGCUGCACGGACCAUUAAAAUUCGAAAUAUUUCCUACACUCCCUAUGAUCUUCCUGGGAAUCUUCUUAGGUACUUGAGUUCAGCCAGCAAUUGCCCAAACCCAAAGUGCGGAGGAGUCUACUUUGAUUGCUGCGUCAGACAAAUUAAAUUUGUGGACUUCUGUGGGAAGUACCGCCUCCCCCUGAUGCACUACUUGUGUUCGCCAGAGUGCUCUUCCCCUUGCAGUUCUGCCUCUCACAGCUCCACCUCCCAGAGCGAGUCUGACUCAGAAGAUGAAGCUAGUGUGGCUGCACACAGAAUGCAGAAAGUUCUUCUUGGUUGAAAAGGGUGCAGGGUGGUAUGAAACUCUAGAAGACUGAGAAAGGUAGUUAUAAAAGACAAUAGACUUUGAGGGUUGCUAAAAGCCUUAUCAUCAUUUGAAUGUCCACGACAAGAGUGGGAAGUGGUGUAAAAGAUUUUGUUUCUAGCCAUUCAGCAGGAGUGAGUCCAGUUCCAUGUUUUGGAUUCUUUGAAUGUAAUUCACUCUGAAUGGCAGUUUCAAAUUUGGCUAACUGUUUGCAAUUUUCACUCAGAUUUUGCAUGAAUCAUAUCACAGAAUGGAACGUUCUGAAGAGCAGUGCUAUAAUAAACCAUGAGUGGUAUAACUUGUGGCAGUUGAGAUGAAGAAAGAAAUGAUCAAUGCUGUAAUUUUUACCAGAGUUGUCCUUGAGUUUAAGUUGAACACUAUACCAUAACAGGAUUAGUUGCCCUUUUUUGUGUUACCCAUAUGUCUAGAUUAGAGUUAUUCAGAUAAGCUCACAGAUGGUUACAUAGGACCUAAACCUUUCUCACCUGACUGGUAAAAUAAGGUAUGUAACUUUUAUAUGGGGUUUUAAAUUCUUCAGUCUGCUUCUUUGUUCUAAAUGAUUAUUUUUGUUACCCUUGUACAAUCCAGCAAUGACUGUUACAGUGCCUUAAUUAUAACAAGGAUUUAGAAUUUUAUUCAAGAAAUGAUACCAGAGCAGCCUAUAACCUGACAUACUAUGCAGAACACUUCAAAAUAUGCUUUAACAGAAGUAGGUGAACAGCUGUAUAUCUGACAUCUGAGCUCAUGGUCACUGUAACUUCAUUUUUUGUUUAAACGUGAAGUGAAUCUCUAUAAGCACAUCACUUUUAUACUUAAUGGGAGGCCACAAUCCUGAUAAUCUGUUCAUCAUAAGACAGAAUAAUAGUUUAUAAUGGAAAAAUCUUUCAGAUUUCUUUUAACAGAAAGAAACUAAGAUAGGAAAGUAUCUUUAUAUCUUGCAUUAAAGAAGUGGGAAAAUGAUUUUAAAAGUUUUAAAGGUCGACUGUGACUCCUUUGCCUAUGUGUACCAAAUUGUAACUUCCUCUACUUUUUAAAGGAAAACUAGAGAAAUACUGCAACAGGUGAAAUAAAGUUGGGCAUAGCAGUCAUUCUGUUGAACAAUUUCCAAAACAAAUUUAACCAUGGAGGACUUUUUGAAAAUAAUACACUGAUAAAAUAUUUUAAAUGUAUUAAAAAUACCCUUAGAGUAUAGCAGAAAAAUGUUUUCACAAAUUGCUGGUAGAAACGACCAAAUUUUUAACUAGUUUAGUAUACAAUAAAAAUUGAGUAAUAGUACAACUAUAAGUUGAUGUUAUAAAAGAAAAUAUACAAUGCGUAUUAGCAACCAUUAGAUAACUAAUCUAUAGUAACAUUAACAGUUGGUAAAUAUUACCUAUAUAGUAAUAUGCAAGUCAGAAACACAUUGGAACAUCCCGAUGAUCUGCCCUCUGACUUUGGCAUUCAUGACAGGGGCACACUAUUUCUUAAAAGCAGAUUGCUGUAUAGUAAUAAUAUGUACAUAUGUUAGGUUUUUGUCAUAUAUGUAUUUUUUAUUUUAGAAGAAAAUAUAUUGUAGGAUAGUUUGUUUAUUUUAUGUUAAUUAAUUCAUGAAACAUCAUGAGAGUUUCAUGACUGCAGUUGUGAAACGCUGCUGUAGACUGAAUCCCUUCACCUUGUAGUAAGAGUCUUUUUUUCCUUCUGAUCCAGAAAUUUUCUGUGCCUGUAGAAGUAAUCUAGUAUCUUUCUACUGCCUAGCAAAGUAGUAGGUGGGUAAUUGUAUUAUAAAAUAGAAGUAACAAAACGUCUUUGUUUACUCCUCCAUUUGAGCCACAGCAAGCUACAUACCACAGAUUCGUGAAAGACUUAGGCAGUGCCUAAGUGGAAGCCCAAAAUGUUUUGUAAGUAAGUGACUUAGUUAAGAUACAUAAAGUAUUUUCAUAGAAAGUAAAUAAUGUAUUCAGAGUAAAAUACUCAAAUUGAUAGGACCAAAUUUUUCUGGCUUAAAUGCCUCAGUUUACUUCCUACUUCAUUCCCAGUUUGAUCUAAGUAGCAGCUUGGGUAAUGUUCUAUGAGUUAGCCUUUAUGAAAUAAAGGGGAAGCUAUGUAAAUACAGUACUAAACCUUGCCAGCUUCCCAGAAAGAAGGUAUACUGAUUGAUCUUUUACGGAUGUAAAUAGGUCCAACUGGAAGCAGUUUUUAGUCUUUGCUGUGUGAUGUAGAUGUAUAUAGCAUAGUAUACAGCAAAAUAUCUUUCAUCAAAAUGUUUGUCAUGCUCUUCUAUAUGUUCAUUUGAAAAUCUCUCAUCAGUAAGCAACUGUCUUUGGUGACUUUUACUGAAAUCUACAUUUUAUCUGUUAGUUUUAUCUUUUUUUUAAUCUUUGACUUAACCUUUUACAAGAGCUGCUAAUAAUUUGUAAGCUUUUCCCUGUUUCUUUUCCCUACCUUCCCUGUUUAACUGGUGACUGUAGAAAUUGACUUGGUAAUCUAGAAACUAGAUAAUCAGUUCCAGAGUCAUACAGCUGAUUAUGUAUUUUAAAUGAUAGUCUCUCUAGUUGCUAAGUCACUUGUUUGUAAGUUUUUGAUAUUGCUACACUUGGACAAUUUUAAUGACCAAAACUUCUGUGGAUAAAACUACUUAACCAAAGCAUUAGUGUGUUUAGAAUGAAAGUCUUCAGUGCUAAUAUUUGGAAUUGAAAUGGAUACACUGAACAUUCUUAGUAAUCUUAUUCCUAGAAUCCAUUUCUCUCAGAGUCACCAAACUGAGUUGGUGAAAUAGUCCUAGGAGUUUAGAAAAUAGAAAGAUUAACUAAUAUAAUACUUUGCUUCCAUGGUGCCAGGGAUUGGCUGACCUAAGGACAAGCUGUAACAGUAUUGCCUAUGUUUGUGUGUGGAGGUAGAUCUGAGGGUUACUGUUUGUAUUUUACUUCUAGAUUCAUGCUGGAGGGAUCUCUUAUUCUAAAAUUCUUGAUAUUUGGAACUUUAAGUUAACAAACUUAUAAGUAGAAACUUGCAUUAGAAGCUGUACCUCCAAUUUGAGAAAUCUUUGUGCUAAUGUAAAGUUAAAAGCAGUCCGCACUAGUUCAGUGUAAUACUACAGGCCAAUUCUAUUAAACAUUGUAAAUACCAAUUUUAAACAAAAGAAGGCAAGGAAAGAGCUGAUUGCUAGAGUGUUAAAUGAAAGAAAUCUCUAAAGACAACACAGGGCAGGGAAAGACACUCAGGGAGAUCCCUGAGCCAAGAAAAAUUUUUUAAGUUAUAUUGAAUUGUUUUAAAAUUAAGUGGCCCACUAAUUACCAUCUGAGUCUUUAUCACUAAAUUUCUUCAGUAUCUGCUACUGGGCAAUUAUCCACAUCCCUCCGUAGUGAAGGGCCAGCAUGUAAUAGGAUUUUCUUACAGCCAACCUUGCUCUUUCCAAAGGGAGAAAGUAAUACCUCAUUAACCUGGAAUUUGUGGUACACCCUUGGUUAAUGUUUACCUUUUCACUGUGUAAAAAAGAAAAAAUACUAAACAAAUAAUUAGUGCAGAUAAAAUUUGAUCUUGUAAAAAAAAAGCAUUUUAGCAGUAGCUAUUUAUAUAAAAAGUUAUUCUAAAUAAUAAGGCCUUUUGUAGGCAGAACUUUUUAUCAAAUAUAGUAUGUGUAUAUAAAAUGAGUUUAAGGUGCAUUUAUUUAGAAAUACGUAAUACCCUGUUUCUUCUCAUCCAAAGUAGUGAUUUUGUUAUGUCAGUGUAAGUAUCACUUCCUAUUUAGUCCAAACUAGCUUUGAAGUUAUGCUGAGCAUUUAACAACAGCAGAGGCUGCUGCGUAGGUUUCAGGCAACAUGGUCUGUAAUCCCUAGUUGUGAUUUCCCUCUGUGUAGAAAAGAGGUGUUUGACCUUCACUGUUCCUGAACUAACCAGCAUAUUCUGUAGAAUAUUAAUCUGAUGAGUUUAAUAGCAUCCAAUUUUGUAUUUUUAUUAUAGUCAUGACCUUUUUAAAGGUAGCAGUGCCUUCAGUUGUGCUUAGAAAGUAUAUGCCUUAAAUCUUCCACUCUGGACCCAAGUUUGGGGAACUGUGUCAUUUAACAGGUUGUAUGUGACAGCCUCGUGACCCUUUACAUUUGACUUGAGGGAAAAUGACUGUGAUUGUGAGAGACUCCUUUCCUUAAAACUAGGCCUAAUGUCUGUGAGUUUAGGACUUCUAGAGAGGGAAUUUGAGUCAUGCAUACUGUCACAGAAGGUCAAAGCCAUAAGGGUUAGGGUCCCUGAAAUAAAGUCAGUGAACAGGUAUUAUUCUCUUUCAUACUAUUUUAUAAAGAAAAUAUAUUUGCUACCACUGAAGGAUGGCAGAGGUCCCUAACCAGCUUCAUAUUAAUAGCAUCGUGUAAAGACAUUAUUGCCAUGAGGCCUAGCAUAUUUUGUGAGGGCUUUCUUUGUAAUACCAGAUUAAAACGGGGGUAUGUUUUAAAUUUUUUGUAUGUAAAUAUCUCCAUUCUUUUUCUGUCUCUACUUGGUUCGUACUUGCUAAGAAUUGAUGCAGAAAAUAGCAGUUCAGUAACAAACAUUACACAUUAUUGAAUACUCACAGGGUAAUACUGAUUUGGGUGCUACUAGACUUUUACCUAGCAGUUAACUUGUCAGUCUCAAUUUAUCGUAAGAGACAGUAUUCUGUCUAGUAAAUUCUGUCUAGUUAAAGUUUAUAAGUAAUGAAAGUUAUUUAUAUACUAUUAAACCAGAAAGCCGUGGCUGGAGAGACUAUGUGCAUUCACCAGAAGUUACUUUCUUCCUUUGACUGUGAAUAAAUUGGAUAAAACUUAUUUUAUUCUUAAUUCCAGUUUGGGGAAGAAACUGGGAUAACGUUGACAUCACUUUUGCUGGUACUACAAAAACAUUGCUAAAUUGGUUAAUUCUUCUGUCUGCAACUGCUGUUUUAAGAGACUCUUUUCACUAAUUUAAAUGAUUGACAUUAAUGUGUUAUUGAAAAGGAAUAUUAACCUCAGCAGUUACUUUAUAACAGUCAUGGAGAGAUCUGUGUGCCUGCAAUUGGUGUUUGUUGCAUUUCUGAGCCCACUUUGUAUUCAUGAGAAAUAAAAAUAUAAUAGGAGAAACACUUUAAAUAACCAUUAUUUUAAUUUUUUGCAAAGUUUGGGACUUUAUCAACAAAGGAUAUUUGAAAAUAUAUGAAAUUUUACUUUAGUCAAAUUACCUUUUAUUAUCUGAUUUCUUAAUUUUCUAUAUUUGAAAUAUUGUGAAUUAGGAAUAUAGGCAUAUAGAUAUUUAAAACAAUGGUAACAAUAAAUGUAAUUCAGCAACAUGACUCAAUAAUUAAAUUUUAUUUUCAAGGCAAGAUAAAGUUUAUUGAAUCAAAUUUAUAUAUUACCUUGCAAUGGUAAAUGCUCUAAAAAGAAUAUUUAAGCUACUUCAAUUCUAUACCGCCUUUUUUUUUCCCCAGGACACACCAAAAAAUGUGAUCUAAUAUGAACCCUUUGUGUGAAUUUUGCCUUAUCAAACAUUGUGCCUUAUUUUAUUAAAAAUGUUUUGUGGGAAUCUAACUCUGUAUUCUGGAAGGGUAAAAGUGUUUUAGUUUUAAUUGACAAGCAUUUACUUUAAAAAAAAAAUCUAAAAUCCUUA